AUGGUCGCAAGAAGUGGGAAUCCUGAUCGGACGGUGCAAGAUACUCCGGCGAACAGUGAGAUUCUUGAUGAUCGGACGGUGGAAGUUAAUGCAGCGAAUGAUCUGCUGCAGUUGUCGAGAGUUGGUGAUGAAAGCGGCGGAGGAAACAGAGAGAAACGCGUUUUCCGAUGCAAGACUUGUAUGAAAGAUUUCUCAUCGUCUCAAGCUUUGGGAGGCCAUCGCAGCGCAAGCCACAGGAAGCCAGUUAAAAAGAGCAGAGACGAAAAGUCGUCAUCACUUUCUUCAGAAUCCGUCGUCACUACGAACAAGACCAAGAACACGUCCAAGAAGACGGCGUCGCAUAUUUGUCCGAUUUGUGGCAUAGAUUUUCCGAUGGGACAGGCUCUUGGUGGUCACAUGAAGAAGCAUUCGAACGAGAGAGAAUCCGGCGAGUUGGUUACACGUUCUUUUUUUCCGGAGACGACGACGUCGACGGUUACGACGACUUUGCAGGAACCGAGUAGUGGAAAGAGGGUUUUGUCUACGGAUUUGGGGUCAGAUUCGGUGGAGAGUAUGAUCAAUCUGAAUUUGGAGCUGGGGUCUGGGAAGAACGAGUAA